UUCAAUUUGUAUUCUUUUUCAAGGUCCUCCACAACUGCUUAUCCACCCACCCGAUCAUCCAUCCAUCCUCUAACCGCAUACCAGUACAGCUGUAUUUGUACUGAGGAAUUCCCCUGUUUGUAGUCUAGUUGUUCUUAGCAUGAACCGAGAGGCUUUGUCGAGUGCUCUGCUCUACUGCUGUUUCCGGUUGUGCCACUAUCGUAGCUGAUUAAUUCUGAUCAUCAUGACACGCAUCAUUGACAAGAUCCUCACCCGCCGCAGUCAGAAGGCAUACAAAGCAAGUUCUGAAGGUGAAGAUUCCAACAAAAACUUGGAUGUGUCAGACGGGUCCAAUAACCAGUUCUCCUUCAAGCCCAACUACUAUUAUUCCUUUGAGUUCUUCCCUCCCAAAACAGAAGCUGGAUUGGACAACUUGAUGACUCGUAUUGAUCGCAUGACUCGUCGAUUGGAACCCCUCUUUGUCGAUGUUACGUGGGGAUCAGCAGGUUCCACUUCCGCUAGGACAUUGGCAGUGGCAUCCUUUGCUCAACGGUAUUGUGGAGUGGAUGUCUUGUGCCAUUUAACAACAACUAGAAUGACACAGCAACAAUUGUUGCAAGCUUUGGAACAGGCCAAAUCUUGUGGAAUUCGAAACAUACUGGCUCUCCGAGGAGACCCACCCAAAGGCAAACGAAGUUGGAAGCCGGGGGACAUCAGUGGUGGCGAUUGUGAUCGAGCCAGUGAUUUGGUCAAGCUGAUCAAGGAGGAAUAUGGAGAUUGGUUUGGUAUUGCGGUAGCAGGACAUCCCGAAGGUCAUCCUUCUUCCAACAGUACAGAAGAAGAACUGGAGCACCUGCUCCAAAAAGUGAAUGCUGGAGCCGAAUUCAUCAUUACACAGUUUUUCUAUGAUGUCCAGUUAUUUCUACAAUUUGUGAGACGGUGUCGGGCAAAGGGCAUUACCUGUCCCAUUCUGCCAGGAAUCAUGCCAAUUCAGAGCUACUCAAGCUUCGUACGAAUGACGCGGUACUGCGGCAUUUCGGUGCCACCGCAUGUCAUGGAACAACUGGAGCCUGUCAAGGAAGAUGACGAAGCAGUCAAAGAGAUUGGAUGCAAAAUUGCAGCUGAUAUGUGUCAAGAGAUACUGACAGCAUCCAUUGAAAAUGAUGAGUAUGGCAUUGACGGUCUACAUUUUUACACUUUGAACCUGGAAAGGAGUGUGACAAGAAUACUGCUACGAAUGGGUGCCAUUGAUUUGAUUCAACCAAGCCAAGUAGCCACCGAUACUGAUGAUCCUUCGGCAUUGCAACAACUAACACAAGGAUUGAACCAAGCUGGCAACAACAAGGCAUCGCCUACAGCCGCCAACAAUAACCAUGAUACAAUUCGCAGUAGUGCAGGGCGGCCUCUACCUUGGAGACCUUCUGCCAUGGACCAACGAUCCAAAGAAGAAGUGAGGCCCAUCAACUGGGCCAAUCGUCCGAAAUCCUACGUACGGAGAACAGAGGAUUGGGAUGAGUUUCCUAAUGGUCGAUGGGGUGACGCUACAUCUCCAGCUUUUGGAGAACUCUCGGACCUGGCUCAUUUCUAUUCAUUUUCGUUGGGCAGUGAUGAUGAACGAAGAGCCAUGCUGGGACACAAUCCCACAUCGGAACAAGAUGUAUAUGACGUCUUCGCAAAGUAUGUUGAGGGCAAACUGCCCCAUAUUCCGUGGUGCGAAAACCCAUUGCAACCCGAGUCCUUUUUGAUUCAGCCACAGCUUGCAAAGUUGAACCGUGCUGGAUUUCUGACAAUCAACAGUCAGCCAGCAGUGGAUGGAGUCGAGAGUACCAACCCAACGUUUGGCUGGGGUGGCGAAGGAGGCUACGUGUAUCAAAAGGCUUACUGUGAAUGCUUCUGCAGCCCAGAUAACAUGCAGCGGCUUGUUCAAAUGGUCAGGGCCAACAAGGCAAUGAACCUUUAUGCGAUACGCAGCAACAGUUCUUCUGAAAUGGUGCAAGAGGGAAUUGAAGUUGGGGGAGUAACUGCUUUGACCUGGGGUGUAUUUCCGAACAGGGAGAUCCUGCAGCCUACCAUCUUUGAUCCUAGUACUUUCCAGGUGUGGGCUGAGGAAGCCUUUUCCCUCUGGACAACUAUGUGGCUGAACCUCUAUGAUUUUGAUACGGAGAGUUACUCGUUGAUUGAAACAAUACGAGAUACCUACUACCUUGUAGCAAUCAUUGACAACAAUUUCCUUGCAAAGAACAAUGAUGGAGAAGCCGGGGCUUUGUUCAGUGCCAUGUUUCGCGUUGGAGAGGAAAUGAGCACAUAAAGCAACUGUGGAAUACCUAAUUUAUUGAUACCCUGGAUCUGUACAGAGGCACAAUAGAAUGUCUAUGUGUGGCAGUGGCCUCUCGGUGUGAGA